AAUAUAAUCGAAAGAAUUGAUGUAAUUAUAAAAAUUGAGGAAUGAAAAGGGUCGGAGGGUGUAACGAUCGGUGAAGAGGAGAAGGUGAGGCAGAGCUUAAAGUGGUCAAUUAUGGCGAUGCGGGAUUUGGUUACUAAAGAUGCUUCCUGUGAUUCUGCUCCUAAUCCUCUGGGCUCUCUUGCCAACGCCCUUAUUGGCUCAUCCUCCAAAACACAGGAAAGGUUGAAGGAGAUCCCGACAUCAACUUCUUCGGGUUCCAGCAGUCAAGUUUACUCUAACUCUGUUGAUCAGUUGACAGCUCUCCCCGGUACAGAGUCAGAAUACCAACUUAACCAGCACUCAGUUGGCCAGGACUUGGGAUUUCUUCACAACUAUCGUUCUGCUAGUCAUGGUGGAUUUACGGAAGCUUGGGACGAUGCACAAUAUUCUGGGAGGGAAUCAAAUUUUCCUCAGUCACGACAUGUUCAUAAUGAAGGAUAUCUGGCUCAAACUCAACCGUCUUGGGAUGGACCACCACAAAAAGUUUUGUCUGGUUUUCUGCACUCCUUUGUUGAUAGUAGUCGUUUUGGUGUACCUUUACGGCCCACUGCACUACCUAUGUUGGGGCUGACCAAAGGUGAAAAACAAUGUAUCCGUAAUCGCAGCAGCAUAAUGGCUCGGCAUAUGUUUGCAGACAAGAGUGAGGACUUCAUUAAUGCACAGGUGGAUGCAUUACUAUAUUCUCUGGAUAUUGACAAUGAUAUUCAAAUAAAGGGGCCUUUGCCUGGUAGGGUCAGAGAGCUGGAAGAGUACUGGAAUGAGUCACAAGGUAGUAUUCAUGCUCCUGCUGCCGCCGGAUGGGUUGCUGAGUAUAGGCAGCACAAGUCAGAGUCUUUCAGUCCUAAUGGUUGGGUCAAUUUAUUUGAGCAGGAACAUGGUCCUAAUGGUUGGGCCUCAGAGUUUGAGCACGAGCAAGCUCAGGUUGCAACUCUGAAUCAACCAUCGAGUCAACAUAUGUCAAGGCUAGCUGCAACGGAGCAAACCCGUAUGCUUGCACACACAUUAGCCCAAAACACUGACCCGAAGUUUCAGAAUUCAAGAUUCCUCCAAUUCGUGUCAAAGAUGAGUCGAGGUGAACUUUUUGUAGAAGGCAAUCAAGUCAAAGAGAAUUCAGUAUCUAUGUCUGGAGAUUGGGAAGCAGAAUACCAACAACAUCGUGAUGGGGGUUUUUCCUGGGCUGAUCAGUUUUCUCAGGAGCAGUUCUCUCAUCAUAGUGAUAAGUGGGCUGAUGAAUUUACUACUGGAAGCAAACGGGAGUUGUUGCCUGAUGAGAAAUGGGUUGAUGAGUUCUCCAAAUUAAAUGUUCAAGAUUGGGCGGGUGAAUUUCAGCAUCAAGCUGAUGGUGCACCUGGUGAGGAUACUAUGGAUAGCUGGGCCAGUGCUUAUGAUGAGUAUCUCACUGAGCAAUCUGUUGCCAAGCAUAAUUCAGAUUCUUCAAAGGGUGUCUAUAUAUUUUCUGACAUGAAUCCCUAUGUUGGGCAUCCUGAUCCUUUUAAAGAAGGGCAGGAGCUGUUUAGAAAGGGACUUCUGAGUGAAGCAGUGCUUGCUCUAGAGGCUGAAGCCUUGACAAAUCCUGAAAAUGCUGAAGGUUGGAGGCUAUUAGGUAUAGCUCAUGCAGAAAAUGAUGAUGAUCAACAGGCUAUUGCAGCGAUGAUGAGGGCACAAGAAGUUGACCCCACAAACCUAGAAGUGCUUCUUGCUCUUGGAGUGAGUCAUACAAAUGAAUUGGAGCAGUCUGCGGCGCUGAAAUAUCUGUAUCAGUGGCUUCGUAAUCACCCAAAAUAUGGGACACUUUCUCCUGCAGAGUUGUCUGGUUCUCUUUAUUAUGCUGAUGUGGCAAGGAUAUUCAAUGAGGCUGCGCAGAUAUCACCUGAGGAUGCUGAUGUCCAUAUUGUAUUGGGAGUCCUUUAUAACUUAUCGAGGGAAUACGACAAUGCCAUUGAUUCAUUCAAGACAGCCAUAAAACUAAAACCACAUGAUUACUCUCUUUGGAAUAAACUUGGUGCCACACAAGCUAAUAGUGUUCAGAGUGCAGAAGCAAUAGAAGCUUAUCAGCAGGCCCUGGAUCUGAAGCCUAAUUAUGUCCGAGCAUGGGCAAACAUGGGUAUAAGCUAUGCCAACCAGGGCAUGUACGAGGAAUCUAUCCGUUAUUAUGUUCGUGCACUUUCAAUGAAUCCGAAAGCAGAUAAUGCAUGGCAGUAUUUGAGGAUUUCUUUGAGCUGUGCUUCAAGGAAUGACAUGUUCGAAGCAUGUGAUUCUCAUAAUCUUGAUGUCCUCCAAAAAGAAUUUCCGCUUUGAGACUCCUUAUUUUCCCAAUGAGCGUGGUCGUUCAGCAUUUCCCUGAGGAUGCAUGAAGUUGCUUGUAAAAUUUUGAAAUACUUGACCAACGGUGCAGUUGUACUCGGAGAGUACUGUUACGACCUUCAAAAGCUAUAAACUUGAGUUUCAUCUUUAUUCUAUUGAUGCUUCACAAAACAACGUAGUUAUACAGGAUUUUUAUAUUAUGACAUGCUACGCUCUGUCACAAGUAGAGCCUUCUCAAUUAACGUGGAGGCUUUGUGUUAAAAAUAAAAAUUAGCCCCUUUUAUGUGAAAGAAAAUAAACACGACAAUAAAUUUUCUCAAA